ACGAUGUCAGAUCAAAAAUCAAUCGAUUUGUUUACCAUCGUUUGCUAGUCGUGAAGUGGAUGAGAAAAAAUCGAGGGUCUGGAGAAUUGUCGCCCAAAUGGUGAUUUUCAAUCUGUUUGAAUCGGCUGCGAAUUUGCCGUUUUAACAAUGGACUAGCAAGCGAUAGUUUAAAUAUGAGCCAAAACGCGGAUAGCACUCUCCUGGCCCAGGCUGUGAUUUCAGCUGGACCAAGCAGAAGCACCGUCCAGGUGCCAUUAUCCGACUUGGAGAAGUCUUCCGCCAGGAAGGCACGCAAGGAGGCGGAGAAGGAACGGAAGCAGGCCAAAAGAUACGAAGAACAGCUGAAGAAAAUUCGAGGACCGAAAAGUCAGAAAAUUCAGAUUAUUGACGAGAGUUUUCUCGAGAAAUACAACAAUGCGCAGACGUUGCCUUCAGGGCCAAGUCUUAAAACCAAAAAACGAUCUAAGAAAACGCCCAGCGAUGUGGUGCAAAUUAACCUGUCCGACUGCAUCAGAGAUCGACUGUCUCUUUCGGAGAAGGCAGAAAAUGGGCCACUAGGUGAGACAAAGACAAUUCUGAAACCGGUCGUACCCAUAGCUGUUACACAGCCAAUCGUUCUACACAAAGGCAAGCAGCGAGAGGUCCCGAAGGAUAAGAAGCUAACGAAGCUGAAGAAGGAUAUUAUAAGUAAUCGUAAAUUAAAGCAGGAAACUAAUAAUUCUGAAGACGGUCAGCCGAUUCAGGAUGUGAAUUAUGAGUUGAUUCGAAUGAACGGACAUUCGUCUGGAAUAACUGAACAGGUGUUCCAGCAAAACGUAGCAGUUUCGCCGUUUCUCAAGGCGAUCGAGCGUUGUUGUGCGAAUGAGAAUACACUCCCGCCGAUUGUGGGCUCGGAAGAGUACCAGAAUGGAUUCCCGGCACUGCAUGAUACUGUUAAGAGUGUAGAUAAAGUUAACCAUUCCAGAACUUUUAGAACGUAUUGUGAUCAUUUCGUAACAGAUGAUCUCCGCAGCCAAACGGAAACACUGGUAACGAAGUUGUUUCAGUUCCAGACGAGUGCUUAUGGCAAGAAUCCGAUCAAGGCGGUUAGCAACAAACGCUAUUGCGUUGGUUUCAACGAGGUUCUCAAAUAUUUGGAAACCCACAAGCUUAAACUGGUUCUAAUCGCUCCGGAUCUGGAACCAAAUGAUAGUAUUGAUCAGCUAGUGGCGCGAGUCAAGGCCAUGUGCAGACAAACCAAGGUCCCGUACGUAUUCGGUGUGAAACGCAGGAAACUCGGUUUCCAUCUAAUGAAGAAAGUUCCGGUAAGUUGCUUAGGAGUGCUCAGCUAUAGCGGAGCUGACGAAACGGUCAAGCAGAUACUGGAAAUUACCGAGCAGGAGCGAGUCAACUAUCGAAACGCCACCGUUUAGGCACAGUAGAUAUGUGACAGCUAUGCCAUAACCUCUCGAGGCCAAAAUUAUAUUCUAGUCAAAAAUUCCGUACCAUUCAUCCUAUGUCCCGAUCUAAAAUUGUGUGUGUGUGUGCAGUGUGUGACAUACCCCAAACGUUCACCCUUAUACAUUCCUAUUCCAUUACGAAUUUACGAAUAAUGAAAAUGGGCAUUUAAAGCUGUUUCGAAUGCUCUACACUGCAAGUCAGACAUGAGCAUUUUGAUACUCAAAUGACUAUGUAAUGGAAAACAAAAUACUCAGUACAGAUUUUCAAAGUUGUACUCAUGGUUGUUAGAAUUGCAAUAUGCACCGAAUAUGCCGGAAGAUUUCCUGCCGACAGAAAACCAAUGCAAAUUAGAUCUACAUUUAGGUGUCGUAUCGUUGGUACACAAAGUGCAGUCAUCAUGUGAAGGGUAAUAAAAUAAUUAUUCAAUAGUGGAAUCGAAA